AUGAUGGCCUGUUUGAUCUUUCUCUUCUUUUCUUUGUUGGUUAAUCUGGACUCCUCGGAGUCGGCUAGGAUUGUGUUAAUCCUUAUGACCUUCUGGGCUGGCUCCACAGCAGUAUCGUGGUCCUCAAUAUGCUGGAUGGCCUACUUGACGAUGGCUCCACAGCAAAGCAAUUAUUCGUAUUGUGCCCGUGUGUUGCACGGAAAGUACAAUAUUUUAUGGUAUCCCUCUUAUCUGGAUCUCCUUUCAAGGGUGGCGGUCUUUUUACCCAAGUUCUCCUUUGACUUUGUCUUUGUCCCUGCUGCCAAGCUUGUCGCUUCUUUGGUCUACGCACUUGGUCGGUCAAUCUUCCUGCUCAUAAGACUUCUUCGCUGUGAUUCGAUUGUCAUCCCAGAGUGCGUAGCGUUCCGCGGUCGCGAAGACCUCUGCCAAAGUCUGGAUGGGAGUGAUAGUCAACUCGCGGGAUUUGUCGGGCUUCUUGUGCAGGUUGUACAGGUGGUCAGGGUUCUUCUGAUUGUCUGGAUCAUAAGGCUUUUGAAAUGCUUCAUAUGGCUUUCGGGAUCGAAAUCCCCUUUGAACCAUGUGAAAGAGGGCGUUGAGAAUCGUUUCGGGAGAGUAGCCUACUCGAUUUCGGCGGUGAAAAGUGAGGAGUUUGCUUGGUCUACCUCAACGCGUAGUGCAUCUUUGAAAUUUCCGCCAAUCUUUAAGUCUCAAAGUCGGUUAUUCACAAGUUUCUCAACGUCUUCUGCACACAUGGAUGGGGUCGACCUUCUCGGCUGCGCUACCUAG